GGUAUUAUGCUUCCAAUUUCUGGUGUGUACACUCAUUUGACAUCGCACGGGAUGUGUACAAAUAAAACGAGAUGUUUUUGAUUCUGCUUCCGUCCAACUGAUUUUAUGGCGCCCCCAUAAAAAAUUCAGGACGUACGUGGAAAUAAAAUGGGGGCAGAAAAUUCGAGAAUGACAGAUGACCACAGAAUGUUUGCUCACAUUAACUUGCAGAAGCAGAACUUCAGCGCUGUGUUUGUACAAAUUAUAUUCAUCAGUAAGAAGUAUUAUCAGAGUUGUUAAUUUUUGGUAUUAUAGUCAGGACUAUUUUUUCGGCUUGAGUUCUUGGGCCAUUGGGAUCUGCACUAUUUAGUCCUUGGCCCUAGGGAUUCCUUGUCCCCCGGAUUGAGGAGUAUUUUGUUGAGCUGGCAACGCUGAUCAAUCGUCGCAUACUCGAUUCUCGUUCCCUCUCGCCUCGCCCUCGGUCUGCAAUCGGUCUUUCCUCUUUCCAAGCACGAGUCCCGACGAACCAGCGAAUAGAAACGAUGUGGCCGAGGUUGAAAGUGCGACAUCGAGACUAGAGAAACGUGAAACAUUCGGUCGGUGUUCGGUGUUUCGAAUUUCAUUAGAAUAUCGUUCGUAAUGGAUUGGACCAACGAACUCACUCUGUAUUUCCUGCAGCUCUAUCGGGACGAACCGUGCUUGUGGGACCCUUCCCACUGCAACUACAAACGGAAAGAUCAGAUAGUGAUGGCUUGGCAGAGAUUGAGCGAAAGUACCGGAAAAUCGGUAGCGGAGUUGAAGAGAAAGAAGGAAUCUCUAAUGGCUACUUUCAGGGCUCAUUCGAGAAGGAAAAAGGCUUCUAUUGUAGAUGGCGCUGAGGGCGAUCAAGUUUACGAACCAAUAUGGUUCGCCUUCAGCGCUAUGGAAAAUUUUCUUGGCGAAAUCUAUGGCAUCAACACGCAAGAUACGAUUCAGAUCGAUAGCGAACCAUUGGACAACGUGGAUCAACAUUCCGAAGAAUCCGACUAUCCUCAAAAUAUCACAAUGUCUUCAUCAGGCACACGUAAACCAUCGGUCAAACGGCGUAGAACUGUCGUCGAACCGCGUGAAGUGGAGGAAAAUCGCAACGACAUAUUUCACACGAAGGAGUUGAUCUCCCGAAUUCAGGAAGAAGAUGACGAGUGCGAACUCUAUGGUAAAAUGAUGGCGAAAAAACUAAGGAGACUGCCUCUGUGGGAGAGGCAACUACUCAUGUACAGAAUGGACGGCAUGGUUAUAAACAUGAUGGAACGCUGCGGUUUCGCAGCUUCUAUGGUCGCAGAAGCCAGCACCAACGGAUGCGUGUCAAACUUUGCGACGAUCUCAUCUCCCAAUCUGACAGAAGGACAACAUGAGGAAAAUUUGGAAGUCGAUAGCAAAGCUGGAAUCGUGUAGUUCAUAGAUACUGAAAAAACGUUGUGAUUCUACAGUGGGGCAUGGGGCCGAGUGUGGA